AUGCUAAAUGGUGCUGGGCUGGACCGCAGCGCUGUUUCCACGGACCCGGAGGAGCAGCAGCCUCAGCGGGACAGCUCUACACUUCUGCCCGGGGAAGAUGCGUGUGUCGCGGCUGGCCUCGCACGGUCCCCCGGUGGAGGAGGCUCUGUGUCCUGGCUCUUCCUGCAGGCUGAGCUGGAGCUGGACCUACACCUCCGCGGCCUGAGCUUCUCGGAGCCGGUGCGGUUCGUCUAUAACCCGCUGCAGUACGCCUGGAACCUGCACCGGAGCUUCGUGGAGACCUACUGCAAAGCCGGGGUCCGAGUGCUGUUUCUGGGCAUGAAUCCAGGGCCCUUCGGCAUGGGCCAGACCGGGGUCCCGUUCGGCGAGGUGAAGUCUGUGGUGGAGUGGAUGCAGAUCUCUGGGGAGGUGGGUCGUCCGCCAGAGGAGCACCCGAAGCGGCGCGUGGUGGGGCUGCAGUGCACACAGAGCGAGGUGAGCGGCGCACGCUUCUGGGGCUUCUUCCGCAAACUGUGCCACGACCCGCACCUGUUCUUCAGACACUGUUUCGUGCACAACCUCUGCCCACUGAUGUUCAUGGCCUCCAGCGGGAAGAACCUGACGCCUCCAGAGCUGAAGCGUGCAGAGAGGGAGGCGCUGCUGGCCCAGUGCGACGCCGCGCUGUGCCGUGUGGUGCGUGUGCUCGGCGUGUCGCUGGUGAUCGGUGUGGGGCGCGUGGCCGAGCACAGGGCACGCAAGGCUCUGAGCACGGUCGGGUCGAGCGCGCGUGUGGAGGGAAUCAUGCAUCCUUCUCCAAGGAACCCUGCGGCCAAUAAAGGCUGGGAGGCCGUGGCGCGCGGGAGACUGGAGGAGCUCGGGCCGGUGUCUCAGUCUGUUGUGAAAUCAUUCUGCAGAUACUUCUCUCUGAGCAGCUCCAUGGAUCUUUCCGGACCGCCCAGACCCUCCAGACCCUCCAUGGACCCCCCUGGACCCCCCGCCACGGCCCGCUUUAGAAACGUGGGCCGCUUCUAUUUCCCCCAAAUCCGUGUGGAGUGUCACGUGAGCCUGGGUCCCGAGCCGCGGUGGAGCAACCGGGACUGGAUCGGCAUCUUCAAGGUUGGCUGGACGUCCCUUAAAGAGUACUACACAUACACCUGGGUGAACGUCCCGGACUCCUUCAGCGAGGGAGCGGCUGUGGACUGCUGCGCGCUCUUUCACGCGUUCUACCUGCCGCGGCCCGGUCCAGCAGAGUAUCAGUUUGUGUACGUGGAUCAGAGCGGACUGGAGCGUGGGCGCAGCGGAGCCUUCACCUUCUGCUCUCCCAAACCUCUGGAGGAGCUGGAGACGGUGCGAGAGGAGCCAGGAGAGGAGGCCGGGACUGAGGGAGAGCCCAAGGGGAAGGAGGAGGAGGAGCUGAUGCUGGUGGUGCCCAGAGCUACACUGCUGCAGAGGCGUCUGGAGGACAGUGUGAAGCGAGUCUUGUCUCUUCAGGCCGAGCUGGACCAGACCAGGAGCGAGCUAAGGGAAGAGAGAGAGAGGAGGGAGCGGGGUGAGCGAGAGUGGGGGAGAGAGAGGGAGGCGCUGACGAAGGAGAUGUCAGAGAUGAAGAUGACUAUCGCCCAGUACACAGACACGCUCCAGAGGAUGGAGGGUACACACCAGAACGUGAAGUACAACCAGGAGAACCUGAGCACUGAGCUGAGCAAACUGCUGCGUGAGAAAGAGGAGAGUGUGCGACGCAUUCAGGAGCUGCAGGAAGAUCUGAGGACCCUGACCGAGAGAGAGAGAGAGGACCAAGCAGAGGCAGACAGACUUAGGGAGAGAGUGAAGAAAUAUUCCAGUCAGAUGAAACACGAGGAGGAGAAGAGAAAGGCUCUGCAGUCGCAGUGUGAGUCCUUGUCCUCAGAGCUGCGUGGUCUUCAGGAGCGUCUGGACUCCUCUGAGCUCCAGUCUCCCUCUCUGCGCAGAGACCUCCGCGAGAUCACGUCUCGCCACAGUCAGCUCCACACCGAGCUGCAGCAGUCCCGCCUGCAGGGGGCGCAGCUGAGCCUCCAGCUGUCCCAGGACCAACUGCAGCUAAGGGAGGAGCGAGCGACCUGGACUCUGGAGAGGGAGGAGUCCAGGGUGGCAGCGGAGACGGAGCAGAAGAGGCUGGAGGAGCUGAAUGCUGAGCUGAGGAGGACUGAGGUCUGGCUUCAGGACGAGAGAGCGGAGAGGGAGAGACUGGAGAGAGAGCUCCACCAGCUGAGGGCCCAGCAGAGGGAGCUGCAGGAGCUGAAGUCCGUCAGGAGAAAGACUGAGACAGAGGAGCAGCAGUCAUCUACAGACGACACAGAAGAGGAUCCCUGCCCCAAAGAAGAUGGAGAGACCGCCUGUGAUGAAGACACAUCCUCCUCUUCCUCUCCACAGCUCUGCUCCCAGUCGUCUGUUGAAGAGGAAGAGGAGCUGUACGAGUCGGCUAAAGACGAUCUGAGCGUCCACAGACCCGCCAUCUGCAGUGACCUGUGUGACCCGUACAUGUGGAAGAAGAGUGAGGAAGAAGAGGAGAGAAGAGUGAGGAGGGGGGAGAGGAGAGAUGAGAGGAAGAAGAGUGAGGAGGAAGAGGAGAGAAGAGUGAGGAGGGGGGAGAGGAGAGAUGAGAGGAAGAAGAGUGAGGAGGAAGAGGAGAGAAGAGUGAGGAGGGGGAAGAGGAGAGAUAAAAGGACAGAAGAGUGA